CCUCUAUGAUUGGUCUGUGAGAGAGAGAGUGGGCGUGGCUUGUAAACCACGCGCCGAAGGCCUAUAAAUACGUGCGCUCAGCUUCAGCCUGGCAUCUCACACUUGUCUGUGCACGUCGAAGAGAGUUCUUUUCCAGCAUACCUAAUAGAAGACAACUUGGACCUUUAAAGGAUUGUAUCAUCUCUACUGUUUGGAGUACACGUGUAAUGAAAAUCCUCAGAGAGACUCAGACCAUUAAAAUGGACAGAAAGCUGUUAAAACCUCAGGUAGAAAGACAAAGAAGAGAAAGGAUGAAUCGGAGUCUGGAGAACCUGAGAACACUGCUUCUGCAAGGCCCUGAGCACAAUAGUCCCACUCAAAGGAGAAUAGAGAAAGCAGAGAUCCUGGAAUACACCGUCCUGUUUUUGCAAAACUCUGUCGCUCAGGCCAAGAAAGCAAAAGAUGUGAAAGGAGGAGAAAAGCGUCAGUUUAUGGACGGCUUUUCAUCGUGUCUUCAGAAUGCGGCCCGCUUCCUGUCAGAUGAAGGUAAGGCCCGUGGACUGGAAGGUUCAGUAACUGCUGUACUGUGUCAGCGUCUGACCCAGCCCUGUGUGUCGUCCACCAUCCGACUGCCUGUCAGAAUCCAGAACUCGUCCAGAAAGCAGGUUCCAGAUUCAAAUGCACAGCAUCAUCUGCAGCAGAACUCUGUCUGUAAACAAGGACUUCCAACAGCUUGCAGAAAUGUUUUGCCACAUCUGAACAGGAUUCCAUUCAGAAGCACAGACUCCAACACACUGUAUUCGACAGCCCCACCAACCUCUCAACACCAGACACCAGUCAGCCAGACAGUCUGGAGGCCUUGGCCUUGAGAGAAAUUAAAGACAUUUACAGAGAAAUGGACUCAAAAUACUGGGCUUGUGUAAUCAUUAAACAUGGUUCAUCUCUUCUAAAUUAUAGGCUGCAGAGAGACGUUUAUUUCCAAAAAUGUUGUGUAAUGAUUUUAUCAUUUGACAUCACGUUGGAACUGUAAAAUGUGUAAAUAGUGUAUGAUAAAUUAUGCAAUAUAUUUUUUACGCAGAUUUCUUUUCUUUUCUUUUUUUUUCUUUGCAUGAUCUGUACUGGGUGUAUGAUCAUUUGUAAUACAUAGCCGAUGUAUGUAUUUAUCUAUUUUGCACAUUUAUUUAUUCAUGACAUUUCCUUUUUAUAGUUGUAUAUCUGGGGGAUUGACACAUACAUUCCAUCAUUAAAAUUUAAAAAUGAAAUAUUAUCGUGUAUUUGUUUAUUAUUAGACCUACUUUUAAAUAUAUAUUAAUCGUUGAUUUCAUGAAGAUUUAAGCUCUAACAUUUAACAUCGCUUUCAGCACGCGCCGAACAUUUACAGUCGACUUUGAUCAUCAAACCCUUUGAAAUGCGCGCGACCAAAUGUGACGCGGAAGUGUUAGUUUUUGAGGCGCCAAAUCGCCGGCACACUUCCACACGACUUCUGUUCUGACACCUCCGGUUUCCUCUGCUCAUUUGUCUGCUCAUGCUAAUAAAUAAAACGUGCGAAAAGGCGCCACGUGCCUUGGCACCUUGGAGACAUCCUCUUAAACAAAGAUAUUGACAUUCCGUAUAAA